UUAUAAAACUUCUUGGACAGGUUUUCAUUUAGCGUCCUUAAAGUCUGUUCUCUUUACACCAUUGAGCUCUUUAUUUGUUAUCUCGCUGCCGAACGAGUCUGUAAGUGGAACCACAGAGUAACUUCCUCGACGUUUCCAGUCGGAGCCUUUUACCCAGCGGAUCGGUUUCACGGUCUAUGGGUUUGAAGAGCGGUGGAGCAAAAACAAACGAGUUGUUUUGUUUUGAUCUCUUAUAAUUUAAAUUAAUAAACUGUCGAUGGUGUCAUGGCUGUCCCAGGUCCAAACAAAGACAACAUCAGAGCAGGCUGCAAAAGAUGUGGAUAUCCUGGUCAUCUGACAUUUGAAUGUCGUAAUUUUGUCCGUGUGGAUCCGAGGAAGGACAUAGUUUUGGACGUGAGCAGCACCAGCAGUGAGGAGAGUGAGGAAGAGGAGCAGGAGGCUGUUAGCAAAGAGAAGGUCUUCGGCAGCCAUUCAAAAGGUUCUCAUGAAGAUUCUAGGAAAGAAAAACACAAAAAGAAAAUCAAAGACAAAUCUCAUCGAAAGGCCAAAAAGAGGUCUUAUUCAUCGAGUGAUGAUGGGGAAGAAGUGAGCAAGAAGAAGAAAAAGCACAAGGGCCACAAAAAGAAAGGGAAAAGGGAGAAAAGAGAGAAAGAAAAGAAACAUAAGAAAAAACAUCAAAAGAAAGACACAGACUCUUCCUCCUCUGACAGCUCUUCUGGAUCCUCAGACACGGACUGAAGCUUUGACAGAAUCACAGCUGGAACAUAACUAUAAAAUACCUUCUGCCAGACACAUUUGUACAUAACACCUUUAUACUUUAGAAAUAAAUUUUGUCUUUUA